AUGGAUGAUCCUCUGCCCGAUAUUAUGAAAGACUUUUAUCUCCAACCUGGUCCUGUUUGCGCGUCAACGCUCGCCAGCAAAGAAGCCAGCCUGCAAGAUCGCCUUGCCGGAUUUCAGCCAUUGCAAUAUGGAUGUACAGAGCUGGACGGCGCCGUCCUACUCGGCGGCCUACAAAGAGGCUCUGUCGUAGGCAUCAGCGCCGACAAUGCGGACGGCUUUGGCUUGCUGAUGGGACUGCAAGGCACAAUUAGGGCGAUCUUGGACAGCUCAGCCAGCCGCGCCUUGGUCAUCACACCGAAGCCUCUGGCAUCGGUAUCCAAAUUGAUCAUGGAAAUUGCAAAAUCCGAGCUAUUGAAAUCCGGACUUCAACAUGAACAAAUUGAAGAGAAAUGCCGCAGCAGCUUGGAUCGCGUUAUGCUAUCGGUUGUGUUCGAUAUAGAUGGUAUCUGGCCUACGAUAUCUGAGCUUCUGCAGCCCUGCGUCACAGUUGCGUCUCCCUCCAUCGCUCUCGAAGAACAGAAUACAAGCAGCCACAAGCCGGAUCAAUAUAUAACCGCCGCUGAAAUCCAAGAUAGCGAGGAUGAAGACCUGUCAUAUCCCUUCGGACACGAUCGCAUCAAGUAUCAGAAUGAAUCAAGGGCGCCGUCGUAUGACGCUCAGAACGAGAGCUCUUCAGCCAUGUGCUCACCAGAAAUUAUCGUCGUGACUCAUUUCUCUACUCUUUUAACGUCCUUAUUUGCUAGACGAGAAAAGACGGCAGCACAUAAAUCAUUAGCACUCUUAAGAGCGCGGUUGCAGAGGCUCUCCAGCUCUACAAGUACGAAUCCUCUGAUAUUGUUGGUCAAUUCUACCACCGAGGAGAGUACAGAAACUACGCUUCGGUCGAUAUUUCCUUCGGUGCGCGGCCUGAGGCCUUCACGACCAAGUUUUGGUGCUGUCUUCAACCAAUUUCUUGACUUGCAUAUUCUCUGCACAGAGGUUCUACAAGACAACUUAGAUUCACUCCAUCAAAUUGUUGAUGCUUGUGGGCAUUGA